AUGGGUGCAUAUGGGUGUGGAUAUGACGAGCUGUAUUUGCAGUCUACCACAUUCACACAGCACCACGUCGAUUCGCUUGAUAUGUUUCAAUCAACGGUGCUCUAUAUGGCAGAAAUGUUUAAUGGCCAAAAAACUGAUGCUCAUGGAGCUGAUGCUCUUUACACCGAGAUGGAUCGAUGUAAACUUUUGGUCGAGCUAGCAAUCAAACCCACGCUAAUUUUGUCAUAUGGUCAAUACUUUCAGUUCGGCGUGGCUUCUAACGUGUCGUCUGCCAUUCGUUAA